AUGGCCGAGUUUAACAGCUGGUAUACAAAACUGAAAAUCAAACGACCCAUCCUUUCUCUGGAGCCUGUAGGAGCUGGACAACAUCUCCCAGAUAUUCUGAGGACUGUCCCCCUACAGCCCCUGUUGCUACAUGGAAUUUGGGAGACCACACAGCUUUUGUCAUUUCUGCAGGUAAUCGCUCUAGCAGAUGCAGUAGAGGAAAACCAAGACAAUCUGUUCCAGUCAUUCACCAAGCUGAGAAGUGCCACCCAGCUAGUGAUUCUGCUGAUUGGGCUGUGGCAGAAGCUUAGUCCUGACCAGGUUGCUAUUCUGGAAGCAGCAUUUCUGCCACUGCAGCAGGACACUCAAGAAUUGGGCUGGGAAGAAACAGUGGAUGCUGCCAUUUCCCACCUCUUGAAGACUUGCCUAUCAAAGAGUUCGAAGGAGCAGGCUUUGAACCUCAGCAGCCAGCUGAACAUACCCAAAGACACAAGCCGACUGAAGAAACAUAUCACCUUGCUCUGUGAUAGAUUAGCCAAAGGUGGACGUCUCUGCUUGAGUACAGAUGCAGCGGCUCCGCAGACCAUGGUCUUGCCGGGUGGCUGUACUACCAUCCCAGAAUCAGACUUAGAGGAAAGAUCAAUAGAACAAGACUCCGCUGAACUGUUUACCAACCACAAACACCUCAUUGUAGAGACGCCCAUGCCUGAAGUUUCACCCCUCCAAGGAGUCUCGGAAUAGUUCAAGUAGAGUUGUCUGGAUGAGGGGAAGAUGGCCUUCCCAAUGCUGAUCCUGUGUGGACCUCAUGCCAAGCACAGAUGUAGGGCUGGUCCAGGUGCUUCAUCCAUCUCACCUGCUUGGAGAUGAUACUAUAUAGACAUGGGGAUUGGGAUUUUUUUAUUUUGCUAGGAGGACUUGUAAUACCAUGGGCAGGUCAGUUGAAACUUGUCUUACUGGGAAGAGCUAUUGCCGCUUUUUGGUCAUCUGUAUGCUUAUAGCCAUCGGAUAUAGUGAGAGGACAUCUUUUGGGGACAGACUUUAUAAUGCAGAGACCUAGAUCCAAAGUAAUUUGAUACCCCAUUUUUUUCACAGAAUUCUUAUAUAGUAAGUGUAUCAAAUUUAAUAAAGCAUCUCAUUGUCCAA